AUGGACUACUGUUAUGUUACUGUUAUGUGUGUCAGCACGAGUCACAACCUGGUUUCCUCCCUGUUCCCAAAGCUGAAGUCGGUGGUUGAAAUGAAUAAACCCACUUUGGCUGUGAGAUAUAUGGAGAAAGCCAGAUCAUUGAUUGAUGACACCAUUAGAGCCAUGGAUGACAUGGUGAAGAGGUAUGAUCAACAAAACCGAAGUGUGGCGACGUGCACCAGUGAUGGGAUUCAAGAGCAGAAAGAGACCAAAGAAAAAAUAACGAGCAACACUAAGGAGAUGGAGAGUCUGAAGGAGGCCGUGGACAAGCUUGAAGAGGAGCUGAGGGAACACAACAGAAAUAUGGAGGAAUUAGAGAGAAAAAUUGAAGACAAAAACCGCGAGCUACAGAAUCACAUCACAAAUUCCAGCAAAAACCACUUCGGUAUCCUGAGGGCCUUGGUGCCGUUUUUUGCAGUCGUUCAAGAUGCGAUAACCACCCCUGCGAUCGCUGCUAAAACUCAAUCUCUCAACGCCGACCUGUCCCGUCUCAACUCGGAGAAGAGCAGUCUGCAAAGCAAACAGUGGAUGAUUCAAGUCAGACUGACUGAUCUUCAGCUGAAGUUGGCCACUUCCAAAAUACAGCUGGGUGUGAUUCCCAGUCCUGUCCACCUGGAGGACGUCCAGCAGUGUCUUUCUCGAAUCCAGCAGAUUCUGGUUCAGCUUCGGAAAUUCUGGGUGAAAGUGCAAACUCUGCUGGACACUCUGAAGGAGAAGACCUUUGUUAAUGAGGAUCUCACUGAGGACCUGGAUGACAUGAAGGAGGAGUUUCUGACCUCCAUUGAAGCAGCAGGAAAGUACUGGCAGAGAUUUGGUGAAUGCUGUCAGAGAGCACAAGGCAUCUUCAGUGUUCAGUCUAAGGAUGCAUACAAGUUCCUGGAGACGAAUCCUUCCUCACUUUCGAAGGAUGAAUGGGAAAAGCAGCGCAAGUCUAUCAUGGAGCGACUGAAUGAGAUCAGCCCGCAGGGGUCGUCUAAAGUCACCAUCACUGAGUGACGCACAGAGAGACAUGAUUCAAGAAUGAACGAAUUCAUCACUUUUUACAAUGAGAUUUACUAAUGCAUAGAUUCUCUAAUAAUGUCUAAUGUCUUUACUGUUCUUGAACUAGUUACAAUUCUUCGUGAAUUACGUCAAAUCUGGUUAAAAUCACUCUGUGGUAUAUAAUGUAAGAUCUAUGUGGUCUGGCCACACUGCAGAAAAAGAAUUAAUUCAUAAACAAACAGACAAAUGGAAAA